UUAAAAAGUAUCAGUGAGCGUUCCUCCGUCGACCGGUGAUGUGCACCACCUCUGGACAAGGAUUUUUCCCAUUUUACCGGGGAUUCGUAAUUCUUUAAACAUCCCCACCAACCAGACAAAUUAGACCACCAUUAUUUAUUUGUACAACGGAUUAACGGAUCAGUUUUGUAUUUCAACGGUGGAGCAGUUGUGAUCAAUCGGUAUUGAAUCGUCUCGGGGAUAUGCUCGUACGGACUAUCGACUGUUGCUCUUGGUUUUAUUGAAGAUACAAUAUUUCUUUUUUUAUUGAUGCACCAGUUGGAUCGGCCUGUUUCUGUAAUUAGUUGAGUGAGUAACAUGUGGCCGCAGGAUUUUCUUGUCUUUGCCACCCUAACUACCAUCACCAGGGCUGCAUCCGUGGGUUUUGAUCUGGGGGACUAUGAGGUACUUGGUGAUACUGAGGAGAGGACUGACAAGGAUUAUGGAUCAACAGGUGGUCGUGAGGUCAGGUGCUACUGCAACCAACCGGAAUGUGUACCGCAAGGCUACAUGUGCCGUGGAAGAGGAUGUUUUACGGGAUUGCCAUCCAGCACUAAUCCAUUGGUUGUGAGACCCGAGCACAGUGUUUACAAUGGCUGCCUCGAAGAGAGCUUCAAGGAAAAACGCUGUCCUCCUGGCUUCCUCUGCUGCGAUCAGGAUCUCUGCAAUCACGUUGACAGUCCUGCUGUCAUGAGCAGGCUCAAUAAGACACUUCAAGUUCUAGUCGGCGAUCAAAGGGCAUUUCUGGGACCGAUCGAGCCAACGGGGCAGACGUCGAGGACAGCAGAUGGUUGGUUUAAGACAGCGACUAUCGCAGUCCCCAUAUGUGGCUUAAUCGUUCUUCUCAUUCUCGCGAGUCUUGCGAUAAGACUUCUUCAGCCUCUGCCAACGCAAUCUGACAAAUUGGGCCCCCACAGGACACCGGACAAUGCACCACCUCUCCUGGGCUCUCCAAAAAUUCCCCUCGUCUAAUUAAACACCGAUAAAUAACAGAAUAUGGAUCUGAAGGAAUACCCAAAGACUUCACAUGACCCCCACUAUCAAUCGACGGUUUGAGAAUCACUCUCAAGAGUUUAAACAACACGAAUUAAUUAAACAAGAAGCUGGAGAACCCUGUGGCUCCUUGUGGCUGUGAAUUUCUAUGAGAAAAAUUGAAAAAUCAUCGAGAAUGUUAAUCACUUACUGUUAAUUAAUUAAUUACUCACGGCAGUAGCAAAGAGGUGAAACGAUUCGACGUAUUCAGAAAUAUUAUUUUAUUAUUUUGUUCAUUGUGUCUGUUAGAUCAGUUAAAAUUGAAACAAUUGAGUCCUUUUACUUCUGAGCUACUCAGAUAUUCACUCGCAUUUCCCUCGCGGCCGGUUCCGAGAUUUCUCCAUUUCGAUUUCUUUUUGAAGAAUCACGGGAGAAUUGGAAUCUGCGAGAAGAUUUAUCAUUUAGGCUCUUCUAAUAUAUUUCGAGGGAUGAAAAAACGACUUUUGUCGAUUUCUCAAGAGCUCCCUUCACUCUUUUUUUUUUAUUCGUUAUUAAUUAUGCAAAUUGUAAAUAUUCGAUUAGGUUUAAGGAUGUUUCGUAUUUUAUUUCUAAGCACCGCGCACUUGAUUGUUUUAUGCCCUCCUCGGGGAAUUUUUAAUUCGUCGAGGGGCUGUUGAUUUAUUACUCACGUUUUCUCGUCACCUUUUGAUUCCAAUGAUUUCACGUGUUAAUUUUUUUUUUCUUUUGAGGAAGUAGUGCUUGUCAAUUGAAGAUCACUAAGUGCCAAGGAGUUUUGUGGAGGGAAUUUUUGCACUUGAUGGAAUUGGAUUAAUAGAUUAUUUUGGAUCAAUUUCUAAUUUACCCAAAAUAAAACUCCAUGAAAUGUCUAAUAUUCCAGAAUCAAUUCUUCCCAUGAAAAUUUAACUGAGACUCAUUUAUUAUUACUCAAAGAAAAUGUGAAAAUCCCUCUGCGCAUGUGUAAUCGUAUUCCAUAUAAUAUGCUGGAAUAUUAUAUUGUGAUAAAAUAGUUUAAACAAAAAGGAAAAAGCCAGAAAGCUCGAAAAAAAAUAAUAAUAAACCGAAACGAAUUUUUAA